UUCGGUAUGCUGCGACGACCGUUGGCACUCGACGACUACGCCUCUGCAAUUCCGCAGAUAAUUCUUUCAUCUUCCGACUCCGAGUUCUUAGACCAACUGAUACCUGUACUGAAAGAUGCCGCCACCUCUAACCGCACACCAGCUUUGGUACAAGGCCUAGGCCGAUAUUCCGAUGAACGAGAGGCCGACAUUGAACGGAUCGGUCUGACGAAACAUGAAGAGUUCCUCGAUUCGGUCAGCCGGCUGCAGCAAGUUCGAGAGGGGACAGUGGCCCUGACAGGCGAGAUCCUCAAGCUCAACCAGUCUAUUCAAUCUAGCACUGAAAAGCUAGCAGAGCAAAAAGGCGCGCUCGUCAACACAAAAGCUGUUCGCCAAAAUAUAUCGGAUGCGUCAAAUGCCUUGAAGGAGUCACUAGGGAUCUUGCAUGCGGUCAAUCAUGCUCACGAUCUCGUUCGUCGCAAGAAGUAUUACUCAGCUCUCAAGUCUUUGGAUGAUUUGCAGAACGAACACCUUGUGCCAAUACUUCAGAAUCGAUAUGCUACACAAAACCGCCUGGCCGAUGUGAUUCAAAAGUCCAUUCCGGCCUCUCAGAAGGGUAUUUCGGAAGCUGUCAUGAGUGACUUAAAUACCUGGCUGUUUCGAAUCCGCGAAACUUCCCAAUUCCUUGGUGAAGUGGCCUUUUACCACACGGAGAUGCGAAGAACAAGGCAGAGGAAGAGGGUUGAGGAAGAUAACUUCCUUGGAAAAUUUAAACUCAACUCGCCAAUCGAGCUAGUAUGCGACGAAAGCGAAGAGUUCGAUGUCCUUGACAACGACGAGGUCCAAGUCGAUUUCACCCCUCUUUUCGAAGCACUGCAUAUCCAUGAUGCUCUUGGUCAGAGUGAGCGAUUCCGAUCAGAAUACGCUGCCACAAGAAGACAGCAGAAAGAUCUAUUGCUCCCCACCUCAGUCAGUCUUCUCUCCGAGGAUGAAUCUUCCCUCAGCAGCCUACUUGAAGGUAUUGCUGGUUUUGCCAUCAUCGAGAAAGCAACCGUGCGCCGCGCUCCCCAACUGCGCUCGACAGCAGAUGUGGAGGAGCUUUGGGAGUCAAUGUGCACCGCUGCUAUUAACCUGACCUCGAAAGCUCUAGGCGAGGUUAAUAAUGCAGAGGUACUUCUCAAGAUCAAGACGUUUAUCUCCCUAUUCAUUCAAACUAUGGAGGGCUGGGGAUACUCUGUCACUACACUGGACGCGUUUUUACUGGAGCUUUUCGACAAAUAUGCAGAGCUUCUGAAACGGAGAUUCAGCGAAGAUUUUCAAGAGCUCAAGAUUGUAUUCACGGACGAUUACAUGCCGAUGGCCAUUAAUACCCUCGAGGAAUACGAGAAAGUCGUCAACGUUAGCUGGUUCUCCCAAGAUAAAGAAGCAGGCGAGCUCACGUUUCCUUGCGUGUUGCCUUUCUCGCAGAUGUAUCCCCUGUGCUGUAUCGAUAUACGAAAUUUCCUCAACCAGUUCUACUUUUUCUCCGACGACCACUUCCAACACCCCGAUGUCAUCGACGACACCUUGAAAAAGUCUCUAGACGAGCUUCUGACGGAAAAAGUCUGCCGCUCCCUGGUCGACCGACUGAGCUCUCAAUAUUUGGGUCAAAUUGUACAGAUCCUUAUCAACUUGGAGCAUUUUGAAACGGCGUGUCAAGAACUCGAACAGCUUUUGAUCCGAGCCAGAUCGUCGUCCUCCGCAGGCGGGCCGUUGAAGUUGAAUGCCACUGAAGAAUUCAGGAACAACAAGAAGACAGCAGAGAAGCGCAUCUUUGAGUUGGUCAACUCCAAAAUUGAUGACCUUGUGGACACUGCAGAAUACGAUUGGACCCCAAGUGCAGUCACGUCUGAGCCCAGCAACUAUAUGCAGACUUUGACUCGAUAUUUGUCAAACAUCAUGAAUUCCACGCUCCUCGGCUUGCCCAGAGAGAUAAAGGAGCUGAUAUAUUUUGAUGCUCUGAGUCACGCUGCAAAUAAGAUACUAGCUUUACCCCUCUCCCCGGAUGUGAAGCACAUCAAUGCUCACGGUGUUGCGGCACUCGCGCAGGAUGCGCAGUACCUGACAGAAUUCGUGGAUAGCCUCGAGAACGGGCAGAUGCUCCGAGAGAACCUUGACGAGCUGCAGCAGACCAUCAACCUUAUGCAAUCCGACAAUCAUGAAGAGUUCUUCGAUGUAUCAACGCGCAAUAAGAAGUAUGGGCGGGUGGAUGCUCUUAAUGGGCCAAUACUCCUGGAGAAGUACGUUUCAUCAAAUACAAUAACCAUGAACAGUAUGUGCUAA